AUGAAGAACUUUGUUAUAAUGUUAAUGGUUCUGACUGUAAUUGCUGAUAUAACCUCAGCUAAGAAGCUGCGACUUAUCAAUGGUCUGAAUGGUGGUCUGGUUACUGGUGUAAAUGGAGUUAACCCUCUAUUGGUGGGUGGCCUGAACCCACCUGUGCUUUCUGGUGGUCCUGCUGUUAUUGGCCAGCCUCCAUUAGCACAGAUUCUGCCUGCUGCUGCUCUUCCUCCAUAUGUGCUUCAGCAGCCACCAGUUCCCUUCGCUCCCCCCAACAUCGGACCUCAGAUGGCAUACCCUUUUGCUUCACCCAAUGGGGGACUGCCGUAUUACAUCGGUGGAUUCCAGAAUCAACCAGCCAUGAUCCCUCUGCAGCAACAAGUUGCGGCUGGACAAGGUCCUACUGGAAAUAAUCAAGCUGUACCACCAGGCUCACUGAAUAGAUUUAAGCGCUCCUUCCUCAGAAGGACCACUGCAAGACCCCCUGUCUCAAUCACCCAGAUGCCAGCUCAGGUCAACCCUGCCGUGUCUGGAAACCCUGUUGGGUAAAUCUGAGUGAUACAUGUGCUGAAAUAGGAAAUUUAGAUACAUUCAAGAGAUCUUCUCUUCUCUGCAAUAAAUGUCAUUUUUAACGAAGAAUAUUCAGAAUCACAGCUAAGUAAAAUGUAGGGAAAACUGUCUAAUGCUUUGCUUUAUACUGACAAAUGAUCGCUAUUUGUAACAAAUGUUUAUACUGAAUGCUGAAUAAAAGUCA